AUGAGUAGUGCAGCAGUGGAAAAUCCCGACAAAGAAGCUCUAAUAGCAGAUCUUAAAUCAAUUUAUGAUUGGAAAGCUUCAUUCAAAACCUGGCGACAUGCAGCAGAUGGGAGAGAAAACGAAAAAAGGGUACUUUCGACCUUAAGCUUCUUCCCCGAUGGCGACAGCAUCCGCAAGUGCAAUGUUUUGGACGUGGAUAUCGGAAACAAGCAGUUCAUUCACGAAUUUUACAUUGAGAACUUACAACCAACCAAUCGUACUUACUGCAAAGACCUUGUUAUGGUCCACGGGUAUGGCGCUGCUUUGGGAUUAUUUGUCAGAAACUUUGAUGGUCUGAGUAAAGUACCAGGUAUAAGAAUUCACGCUCUUGAUAUGCUCGGCUACGGGUUAUCAUCUAGACCAAAAUUUCCAGGAACGGGUAUGAUUUCAAGUGUUUACAAAAGAGGAAAUGUCAGUAAGGAGGAAGUUCACCAAGCAGAGGACUUUUUCGUGGAUUCGAUCGAGGCCUGGAGAAAGGAGCGAGCUCUGGACAAAUUCGUACUGGUUGGACAUUCUCUUGGUGGCUAUUUGAGUUGCUGUUAUGCCUUGAAAUAUCCUGAACGGGUGGAGAAGUUAGUCUUAGUCAGCCCCGUUGGUGUAGAAACCUCGAUAUUCGACUUAACUAGAAAGCACACUAAGUCGCAUAUCCACGCUACAGAAUUGGGCCCCGAUGUUGCGAAGGAAGUUACUAACAGCCAGGACAAACCGACCACUGAUAAAACCAUACCCAAACAAACGAGUUCAUUUCUCGUCCCCGAUGAGUCUGGGAAUGUUGAAAGAGUACCUAACUUACCAAAGAUAUUCUCGGUCAUGUGGAACUAUAACAUUUCUCCAUUCAGUUUACUAAGAGCUCUGGGGCCAUUGGGGCCUUGGUCGUGCGCUAACUGGUCUUUCCGCAGGUUCUCGUUUUCUGAUGAUCCUAAGAAAACACUGAUUUUCCAUGAAUACUGCUACAGUGUAUUUAAGGCACCUGGUAGUGGCGAAUAUGCACUCACACGGAUUUUGGCUCCGGGAGUUUUGGCACGGCUCCCACUGCUGAGCCGUGUUCCGGGCAAUUUGAAGUGUAACUCUUUUUGGAUGUAUGGUAGUAACGAUUGGAUGAGCAAAGAGGCAGGAAGCGUGAUGGUCAGAGAAAUAAAGAAUAGUAAUACUGCCAGUCAGGCAGAUUACGCUGUGGUGUCCGAUGCCGGCCAUCAUUUGUAUCUUGACAAUCCUGAAGAGUUUAAUAUGAAACUCAAGAAAUUUCUCAAACUAUAA